AUGACAGUAGGCCCUCGUACCGCUGAUAACGUCUGCACGGUUACUUUCACUGGAAAGAAAGCCACAGACUGCUCAUUAGACUGACAGAUAAAAACAUUCCCAAAGUCUUGGUCGUAACUUUACGCAAUUUCUUCAGCGCAUUGUGUCAGGUAGUUGAAUAGAAACCUUUUUUUUUUAUGUGCCACUUUAAAUCCUGGAAGAAUGGCAGAUGAUAAAGAUGUGCUGCGAGAUGUUUGGUUUGGGCGAAUACCGACCAGCUUCACUUUGUAUCAGGAUGAGAUCACAGAGAGGGAGGCCGACCCUUUCCAGUUAUUGCUGCCAAGAGUAAGCUAUUUGACGUUGGUUACUGACAAAGUGAAAAAACACUUUCAGAAGGUUAUGAAACAGGAAGAUAUAGGUGAGAUGUGGCUUGAAUAUGAAGGCACUCCUUUGAAAUGGCACUACCCAAUUGGUUUACUGUUUGACCUACAUGCCUCCAAUACAGCCCUGCCAUGGAACAUCACUGUGCAUUUUAAGAACUUCCCUGAGAAGGACCUCUUGCACUGCACUUCCAAUUAUGUAAUAGAAGCCCACUUCAUGUCUUGCAUUAAAGAAGCGGAUGCCUUAAAGCACAAAGGACAAGUCAUCAAUGAGAUGCAAAAGAAGGAUCACAAGCAGCUAUGGAUGGGCUUACAGAAUGACAAAUUUGACCAGUUCUGGGCUAUUAAUAGAAAGCUGAUGGAAUACUCAGUAGAAGAAGGUGGAUUCCGGUACAUUCCGUUCAGGAUAUACCAGACAACAAGCAAUCGUCCUUUCAUUCAGAAGCUGUUUCGACCAGUCACUGCAGAGGGACAGACACGCACCCUGGGUGAUUUACUGAAAGAAAUGUUUUCUGCUGCGGUAACUCCUAAUGAUGGUGAGAAGAAGUAUCAAGUGGUGAUUCAUGGGAUUGAACCAGUGCUUGAGACACCACUUCAAUGGCUAAGUGAACAUCUCAGCUACCCGGACAAUUUCCUCCACAUCAGUGUCAUUCCCAUGCCCACAGGCUGAAGAACUGGGCCGGGAUGUUACUUAUUAAAAAAAAAAAAAAGAAAAGAAAAAGAAAAAAAUGAAAAUGAAAAAAGACUUCUUGUCACUCUCCAGAACAAACUCUUUACGAGAGCUCUCCUGCCCUCCACUUCUUUCAAGUUCUUUAGGAAUCAAUCUGACCAAAAAAAACCUCACUUCAGUAAGCCAAACGACAAGAUGUGAGAUCCCAUCACCAGAUAACGGCAGCCUUUACAUUGCUGCUGCCUUUCUCUGCUGUUGUCAUCAAACCUCAAUGGUGACAUCAAAGAACUACACAGGACCCCUGCGGCUGUAUUCUGGUUAAAGAGGAGAGACAGACAUGGAGGCUGGCAAGCUAGUGGAAAAAUGGUUAAUUUCGAUUUGCACCUCUGAUUAGAAAGCAAAGAAAAAGGGGUAUUUCCUAAAGUGGCCACACUUUGAGCUGUAAAAACCUAGCCAGUGGAAAAACAGAUUUACACUUUCCUGGUUUAAGGUUGCCUCUGGAAACAGUUUUUCUCAGUAACACAUGCAGGCAAAGAUUUUUUUUUUAUGGGCGAUUUCUUCUGAGAUCUUUUCUUUCUUACAACUAAUUACAAGAAGCCAGUGUGACUUAAAGGGUCGUCUUCCUUUUCUGGACCCUAUUUAAUCAGGAACAGAUCAUGUAUAGUAGUUAACGGCCCAAAUGUGUGUUUGGGGGGGGGGGGGGGGUUAUACUAUAUAUAAAUCUUUUAGUAUAAUUACAUAACAGAAGAGUUUAAACAUGCAUGUUUUGUUUUCACAUUUUUGUACUCCAGCCAGUUUUCUUUGUACUUAUUUUUUGCCAUGGGUUGUUUACUCCUAACAAACAGCAAAGAAACGUGUUGCAUGGUCCAUACAGUAUAUUAAUUUUACUUGUACUACACCACACAUGCAAAUUUGUCUUUACAGUAUUGAUCAAAAAAACUACUGGCCUCAGUGAUUACUGCAGGUUGCAGUGUGCUCAAAAAUAACAUACUGUUGAUAUUCAUUUGUACCUGCAUUGUACCUGUAAAACUCUGCCCUCUAAUUGACUGACCACAAUGUCAAUUGUGAUUUUGAAAGAAAGCAUUCACACUGUUUUUUUUUUUUUUUUUUUUUGGAGAAGAUGAUUUGGAAAUUUUCCAAACAGACCAGUAACUGUAAUUGUGUAUCAAAAGCAGCUGAAAAUAAUUAUUUAUAGGAAACAGUAACUAUAACUUCUCAUUCUCGUCAGCGGUGUUUCAUGUACUGAUCAAACAUUAGUGAACCACUUGUAAGAAAUCUAUGGGAUUUUGACUUUUCCCAAAAGUAUGCGUUAGCAGAAAACUAUUGCAUCACUACAUCCUUCAUUGCUGGCAUUCAAGAUGUAAUCUUUUUACACAUAGAUGCCACACAAUAGACAAACCCAGAAAGUCUUAACAUGCUGACAACAUCUUUCCACAAACUUUAGGGAAGCAAGUGACUCCCUCUUUGUAUGUGUUAGGGUCAUCAAUUAUUUUCUUCUUCAGGCAGUAUACGCCAAUGGUAAUUAUUAGGCAACGGUGUUGUAACUAUGUCCUCUCCCAGGCUGGAUCACACCUUUCUUAACUCAAGGUCUCACCAGUGUCUUUGAUGUAACUUGCAGUGAUGGCUUUUGAAUAUACAAUCCACAAUUGGCUCACAAAGGACCAGGCUUCUAAACCUGGAACUGUAACAAAAAAAGAUGCCCGCUUAAAUCAGAAGAUGUCUACAUGAUAGGCCAAGUAGAUUUUGCAGGCUAGUGAUUGAGAAGGCAAUGCUAUACUUGAUGUUGUCUGAAGCAUCAUCUGUGGUUUGAUUGUGACUGCACCAGUGUGGGUGCACUUUUUGUUCUUUUCUCUCAAAGUGUCAUUGGUCUUAGUCAACUAGAUAUUUUCUGGGAAAUGUUCUUUACAGAAUCACUUGUUAAUUGAAUCAAUUGCAUUUUGUAAUGAAAUAUUACAUCUCUUUGCUAGUCACCCUAUUCUCAGUACGCUUUAUGGAAUCAACAGAAAUUCUCUGCUUGUGUGCACCAUACAUUUACACCCAAAGAUAUUUGCCUCUUAUUUUGCACAUACCUAGCUGGGGAUCAUAUGUGGUUAAAUAUAAUGAAAUGUGUGAGCAGGCUGUUUAGCACUCACAAAACAGCUGUUUAGUCCAUUAUAGAAGUCAUCUUGCAGCUGUUCUAAACAAAGUGAUUAGCAAAGCAUUGUUAUGGCGGCCGCAAAAUGUACAACAAUUUAAAGCACAUUGUCUGGCUCGGAAAUGGCCUGUCUCUCUGUAUGUAGGGUGAUGGGGAAAUUCACUUCCGGAUAGACUUAGUUCCGAUAAGGUGGACUGGAAAAUUGCAGUGUUGUGUUACUGUCAGGAUGAAACAAUAUGCAUCUGCCAGAGAGCUUGGGCCAGCCAUUGUGGCUGGAGGGUGCUUUCUUGAAAAUAAAAAGAGGAGGAGAGGGGGUGAUUACUACAGUAUAAGAUUACACAUCAAAGCAAGAGCUCUGAAACAAGUUAAUUACCUAAAGAUUCGUCAUGGACAAGUUCCAUUACGCGUUUCCCUUCUAAAUCAACUGAAAAUCUGGCUUUCUGGACCAGGAAAACAAAGCUAGAUUUAAUCUUAGUUGGGGACACCGCUGGGAUUCUCACAUCUUUUUUUUUAGUAGGUUUUUAACCUGAAAGACAGCCUCAAGGUCUUGAUGACACCAAAUGUUUUUAUAUUUUAGACUUUAACUGCACAUUUGUGUAAGUAACAGAUGUUUAGCUAGGCUUAUUAAUGUAAAACUAAAUAGCAUAAACAAUACUCGCAUCUUCAUUUACUGAAUUUGUGUAUAGUCAUGGCAAGUUUUCAAGUAAUACAUGAAUAAAUAAAGAUCUCUAAACUGUUUUAUGGCCCAUGCUUCUUGCAGCUAAGAUCUUGCAUUGCCUGGUCUAAGCAUGGCUUGUGAAUGUUAACCUGUACUAUUUGUCUUUAAAGCAGUCUAGGGGGAUGAAUUUUGUUUACAGCUAAAUAGAAGUAAUUUUUUCUCUUUCUGUGAACCUGUGCAUAUUUUUGUAAAUAUUCAAUAAGUCUGCUCAUUGAAGCAGAGGGUUUUCUGUCUAAACAAUUGGGUUUUUACUAUGUAAAACCUUUUAGAUCUGGGUUUAUUAUUUACAAUUCAUACAGUAAUCAGUAGUAUUACAUUAUUCUAAUGUUUGAUCCAAUAAUUUGAUCAUAGCGUUAUAUAUAGGCAGUGCAUCUUUGAAUCUCUCAGCUUUACUGUAAUGCAUUGGGCAAGACAUAGUGUGUGCUGUGUGAAUACUUCAAUUGUAUUAAUUACAUAGUAUAAAUGUGUAAGAAUUUUAUUUUAACAGUACUGUAGCUUUGAAGUUUUAAUAAUUAAAGGGACUGGAUAAACUUUUACUGGUAUGACAUUCUUAAGGUUUUCAUUCAAAAUGUAGAGUCUUCUGCACUGAUCAUGUCCAUCUGUGUGUCUGUCGCACUACACGGAGAACAGGGUAACUGUUUUUCACAUAUAUAUAUAUAUAUAAAUUAUACCCUCCUACCCUCUCAAAACGUUUCAAACUGCAAAUUGUUGGUGUUAUGCAUCUAUUGUUGUCUUGUACAAGGAUAUCUGGUUGUAAUGAAAUAUACAGCUUUUAUAGAACCAAAAUGGAUCCUGUGCCUUGCAAGCCAGAAAGCAACUUUCUCUUUGAAAAGCAUCCUGCAGCCAGACUUGGCUGCUCCACUCGGCCCUUCACUAAACUCCAUCUUCGCAUGGUGUACACCUGGUAUAAUUAUAAUUUGUUGUCUAAGGAACAACAAAACUCUCUCUUCUCUGCAGUGCCUAAUAAUUUGCACAAAGCCCCCUGAGACCCAGCCAGGGAAGUUAACCCUGUUAUUAGACAAGGCUCUUAAUUGCAAGUUGCAGUUGCGAGAGCUUCAGAUGUAUUGUGAUCAGUCAUGGGUGAGGAUGACUAAUACUGCUCUACUGGUCACCUACCUCCAAACACACCUUCAUUUUUUGUUUCUUUGCCCUAUUUAACUUGCAUAAUGAUUAUCAGUCACCCCUCAACUAACUUCGACAAGAAAGACAGCUGGAAAUUGUUACACGCCGGUAAUUCCUACUAAUAGUAGAGAUUAUUAGUUUCACUAACUGUGAAUGAGAGGCCAACAUGACCUAAUUGUUAGAUGCUCCUGUGUAGCUGCAAGGGGCUGAGACUAAUGUGGUAUAGUUAUUAUAAAGAAUAAUGUUAUGACACACCAUUGUUACUGUACAAUAGUAAGGAUGUAUGGCAGAAGAUAACUCAACAUGGUUCUAAGCAAAUGUGUGGCCAGAGCUCUACGCAACUGCUUUCAACUUAAUUCUGAAAAAAAAAAAGUUGUUUAUGCUUCUUAAAAUGUUUCUAAUUUAGUUCAAAGGAAACUUAUUCAAUGCAUAUUUCUGAAAUAGAAACUGCGCAAUGCCUGUUACUGAUUUUGAGCUGAUGAGGCAGAACGGACAGAUUUGUGUACAGUUUCUUUUAUGAAUCUGCAGUUUACCAUAUUUUUUGGCAAAACCACAAGUUUUCAACUGAAUGAAAUGUCAAUUAAAAGACUUAAGGGUUGUGUCUUCGAAUUGACAACCGAGAAGAGAUUGUAUCCAAAUGAUACAGAAUAUUGAAACUGUGGCUGUAAUCUUCAAUUGGCAUUACUCAAACCAUCUGGACAGACCCUUAUAAAAGUUUGCCAUGGUAUUUUUGCACUUUUCCCAUGAUUAUACUAUGCAUUCACAAUA